AUGCCGGUCGGCAUCCAGAGGAUCAACGCCCGGCGUUCGCAGCCCAAUCCGCACAUUGUCUUUAUCAAGCCGCUCAAGGGGCCCGAUGAAGAGGUUGCGCGCCAGUUUCUCGAGCGCAUUGCAGCUCAAUGUGUCCCCAUUAUGCGCGAGCAUCACCUCACCGUUAUGACGCUUGAAGAGUACGAACCCAACCGCGAGUUUGUCGGGCGCAACUUCAACGCCGGGGAGGUCAUUCAGCUCGUGCUCAAGGCUCACGGAUCCCGCCGUUGGCUGCCCUUCCAGUACGUCCAGAUGGUCAUGAUGCACGAGCUCGCGCACUGCCGGCAGAUGAACCACUCGCGUGCGUUUUGGAGCGUCCGGGACGCCUUUGCAGCGCAGAUGCGGCGACUGUGGGCGGACCGGUACGUGGGCGAGGGCAUCUGGGGCCGAGGCGCCAAGCUGGGCACGGCGGCCGAUGGGGGGCCCCCAAUGUAUGAGCGCAAUGUGGCGCUGCCGGGGGACGGCGGUGACGAUGGCGUGCUGCUCGAGCACCUCUGCGGCGGAACGUACCAGUCACGCAGGGGCCGCAAGCGCAAAGUCAAGCCGACACUCACGUACCGAGAGCGCGAGGACCGGCGCAUACGACGCAAGUUUGGCGUGAACGGGGUGGCGCUGGGCGACGACCUGGAGGAGCGGGCGAAGCUAGAUGCGCGGGGAACGGGGAGUAGCAGUCCAAGCAAGGCUCCAGCUUUGGGCAAACAGACGACUCUGAGUGUUGGUAGUGGUAAAGUGGGCAUGCAAAAGGAGACGACAGCAAGAACCCUUGCAGGAACGACAAAGACGGAGCAGAAACGGCUGGCCACAAAACCGCGUGUGGCUGUCAGCAAACGUGGCCGCGAGUUGCGGGCAGCCGCAGCCUUGGCCCGGUUUGAGCAGAACGCAACGGCAAAGAAAGAGGAGGCAGUGGCGGAAAACGUGGACGAGAUCGAGGCGAUCAAACGAGAAGAAGACGGAUACGAAAUGGACGUCGCAACGGACAGCGACGGUGAUAGUGACGUGGUGGAAUAUGAAGCGGAUCCCGACCAGCCAACCCUUGCCGGCCCGGACGCCGUCGACAUUGACGGCAAACGGAUGCUAGACGGCAGCGGAGGCAGCAUGGUGCGCGUGUGUGAGGGCGAAGACGGAGAAGACGACUCUGAUGCCAAACGAGAAUUGCGAGAGCUGCUGCAAGCGGGUCGUUGGGGCGGUAGCGACAACGCGCAGAAGGUGGCGAAAUCUCAAAGCAAACCGCAGCCCACAUCGUCCACGGCUGCAGCAGCGUCCGCAUCUCGCAUACCAAGCAAGACUCCGAAACAAGAGACGGCCAAGGACGAGCGACAGGAAGUACCCUUCUCUCAGAUUCCGCACGUAGGCCGCGCCACGGUGACGCGGCCAUCGCCAACAUCAACACCUGCCGCCCCGCCUGCUACUCCGCUCGCAACUGGAGCCUGCCCAGUGUGUAGCUUUGCCAACAGUGAACAGGCCAUUACGUGCACCGUGUGCGGUCAUGUUUUGCAUGCCGAUGCCGUCCCGGGUGCAUGGCACUGCCAGAGCGCCACGUGUCGACAGAGCCAAGGCGUGCGGUUCCUCAAUGCUGGCGACUGUGGCGUAUGUGGAGUCUGUGGGCAGCGGAAAGGAAUGUGA